CCGUCCCUCUCCACAUAACCACCUGUGUAACUUUUUCGCCUCCCGGCACAUCUGUGUUUAUAAUUAGGAGUUUUUGACGACACAAUUGUGUUAUACUGUGUCGACUUCACUCUAUUUCGCCUUUGAACGGUCAAUUUUGAACCAUUGGCUUUAAAAUUGUCGUAUCUGUCUAUCUGACAUCGUGGUUCAGUUCACAAUCUGAUAUCUUGUACUAUUUUCUGCAUUAACGAACAAACGUUUGUGUUGCUGCGUCUUCUGACUCUCUGUUUUGUAUCACAACAUUUUUCCUCUUAAUUUUCUUCCAUUAUGAACACUACUACAGAGUUGUAUACUGGUAUGAGCUUUUCAGCCGUCCGUUCGCUGAUCGGCGAUCUGCACCCCGAGCUCAAUGCUUUUGAAAAGCUUUGGCUUGCUUACUACAAGUGGUUUGGUAACGAUGUCGUUGCCACGGGUUUAAUGUCUUUCCUUAUGCACGAGAUCAUCUACUUUGGUCGUUGUAUCCCCUGGAUGAUCAUUGAUGCUAUUCCCUACUUCCGUCGCUGGAAAAUCCAGCCCAAAAAAGUUCCCAGCAUGCUUGAACAAUGGCAAUGCACCCGUCUUGUACUUCUUUCCCACUUUACCGUAGAGCUUCCUCAGAUUUGGUUGUUCGACCCCAUGUGUGCUAUGUUUGGUCUUUCUACCGCUGUUCCCUUCCCCUCGUGGCAGAAGAUUUGCUGGCAGGUCGCCAUGUUCUUCGUUUUGGAGGACACUUGGCAUUACUGGGCUCAUCGUCUCUUCCAUUACGGCAUCUUCUACCGCUGGAUCCACAAGGUCCAUCACAAAUACAGUGCUCCCUUUGGUCUUUCCGCUGAAUACGCCCAUCCCGCCGAAAUCGUCCUUUUGGGUGCCGGCACUGUUUUUGUCCCUCUCGUCUGGUGCUAUUUCACUCACGACUUGCACCUUGUUACCAUGUAUAUUUGGAUCACCUGCCGUCUUCUCCAAGCCGUUGACUCUCACUCUGGUUAUGACUUCCCCUGGUCCUUGAACAAGUUCCUUCCCUUCUGGGCUGGUGCUGAUCACCACGACUAUCACCACAUGGCUUUCAAGGACAACUUUGCCAGUUCCUUCCGCUGGUGGGAUAGAACUCUUCGUACUGACCAGAACUACCACGCCUGGAAGGACCGUCAAACCGCAAAGAAGCUUGAGGCUCAACAAAAGAAGACUAAGUAAGCGGGUGAGAAUUACUCUUAAACGCAUGUCGAGGCCGGCCAUUGAAGCGAGAUGUGUCUCGGGCCUAUCGUCCCUAAACGCUCUUGGAUAAUGAUGGCUGGUUUUGUAUGCACCUGGUCUUCUGCUUUGGCGAGAGCCUGAGCAGAAACACUCUUUUUAUUUUAUCUGUUCCGCUUCGGGCCUGACGUUUAACCGUUCACUGGCUCGCGGCCUGGCUGUUUUACCCCCUAUACAAACACACACACACAUACACACACCUGUACUUCUAUACUGUUUUGUACCAGAUUUGUUCGUCAGCUGUGAGUUGAUGGAAACACUUUGUUUUUGGGCUGUCAUUUGGCUACCUUAUGGUCACCAAUGCUGGUCAUUGUAUCUCUUUUCUCCUGCUUGUAUUUUACUUGACGUAAAUAUAUGAAAGUUCAUUAUCUAGUUGUAAAUAA